UUUCAGGGCUAUGAGAGAUGCGCAAUUAAAAAGAGACAAAUUAUUCAAAGAGAACAGAAAGAACGAAUGCAAACGCCUAAGAGAUUCUAAUUGCACAACAUUGAUGCUCAUUGUCGUAGUGACGGUUUUCUUAAUGACAGAAAUUCCAUUGGCUGUAGUAACGGUGUUACACAUAAUAUCAAGUAGCAUCAAAGAAAUACUCGACUAUUCGGUGGCCAAUCUGUUGGUGUUGUUCACCAAUUUCUUCAUCAUCGUCAGCUACCCGAUCAACUUCGCCAUUUAUUGCGGCAUGUCCAGGCAGUUCCGGGAAACGUUCAAAGAACUGUUCAUUAGAGGCUCGGUGCAGAUAAACCGUAAACACGGAGCCGGCGGCAGUUCYCGAUACUCACUAGUCAACGGACCCAGGACAUGUACCAACGAAUCGCUUUUGUAAAUUCAUUACGAACACUUAUAUUAUUAAUGUUAUUGUGCAUGCACACGAUCAAAUUUUAAAACCACC